ACAAGGGCACCGUGUGUAUGUGUUCUUGUUUAUGUAUCUUUUAAAGCAUCGAUCGGGAUUUUCUUUUUCCAAGUUAUUUAAAAGAUUUUUAACCUCGAUGAAAGUUUUGAAGACGAUCGGCACACAUGACGGCACUUUCCAUUGUGACGAAGUGCUCGGCUGUUCCAUGUUGAAGAUCGUGUACCCCGACGCGGAGAUAGUGCGGUCGAGGAAAGAUGAAGUGCUGAACAACUGUGACAUUGUCAUCGACGUCGGGGGCAAGUUCGACCCCGACCGGUACCUGUUCGACCACCACCAGAAAUCUUUCGACCACAGCAUGAGUACACUUUUGCCCGGUAAGAAAUGGACGAUGAAGCUGAGCAGCGCGGGUCUCGUGUAUUGCCACUUCGGCAAAGAUAUAAUCAAAGUUAUAUGCAAAGAUAUGAAAGAAAACGAUCUAGAAAGUGUUUUCGACAAGGUGUAUGAAGGCUUCGUCCAGGAAGUUGAUGCCAUAGACAACGGCGUGCCCAUCUGUGACGGCAAAGAGAAUUAUUUCAUCUCGACUAAUCUCAGCUCUAGAGUUUCCCGGUUUAACAGGAGUUGGAUCGUGCCUGAAUCUAAAUUCGAUGAGACUGAAGCCUUUUACAAAGCGAUGGAUCUAGUCACGGGAGAAUUCAUUGACAAGGUCCGUCGUACGGUUACGGAAUGGCUACCGGCUAAAACUAUAGUAGAGAACGCCCUGGAGAAACGCCAUGAAAUUCACCCUUCAGGGGAAAUCAUUGAAUUGGAGACUUUUUGUCCGUGGAAAGGGCAUUUUUUCGCCCUUGAAGAACAAAUGCAUUUAGAGCCUAGUAUCAAAUUUGUUCUCUUCCAGGAAAAAACUGUUUGGAGGGUGCAGGCUGUUUCAAAGAACGAGACCAGUUUCGAACUGAGGACACCUCUGCAUGAACAAUGGAGGGGGCUGAGAGAUGAAGAGCUCUCGAGCACUGCCGGAAUCAGUGGUUGUAUAUUUGUCCACAGUACAGGAUUUAUUGGUGGUAAUCAAACACGAGAAGGUGCCUUGCAAAUGGCUGCAAAAUCUUUAAAAGCCAAUUAAUUUGAUGUGUAAAUAAACAAUGUUUUUAUGAGUUUUA